AUGUUCAGAAGAUUUGCCACUCGUCCUCUCACUCGCAACCUUGCUAGCCCCUCGAACACCCGUGGUGUGAAGGUCCUAGCCAUCCUCUACCGUGGCGGUGAGGCUGCAAAACAAGAGUCCCGUCUGCUUGGUACGGUGGAAAAUGAACUCGGAUUGCGCUCCUGGUUGGAGUCCCAAGGCCAUGAGUUCAUCGUCUCCGACAGCAAAGAGGGUCCAGACAGCGACCUCCAGAAACACAUCACUGAUGCUGAGAUCGUCAUCACAACUCCCUUUCACCCGGGAUACAUCACUCGUGACCUCAUCAGCAAGGCUAAGAACCUCAAAGCCUGUGUCACAGCUGGUGUUGGCUCAGAUCACGUCGACCUGAAUGCUGCUGUAGAGCGCGAGAUCCAGGUGCUCGAGGUGACGGGCUCGAACGUGACUUCCGUCGCGGAGCAUGUCGUGAUGAGUAUUCUGCUCCUCGUGCGCAACUUCGUACCUGCCCAUGAGAUGAUCGAGCGCGGAGAUUGGACUGUAUCUGAUGUUGCGCGCAAUGCGUACGAUCUUGAGGGCAAAGUUGUCGGCACGAUCGGCGCUGGCCGUAUCGGCUACCGUGUCUUGGAGCGAUUAUUGCCCUUCGGCACGAAGGAGCAUCUCUACUACGACUAUGCACCUUUGCCAGCCGAUGCGGAGAAGGCGGUGAAUGCCCGCCGUGUCGAGGAUCUUAAAGAGUUGGUCUCGCAGUGUGACAUCGUUACUGUCAACUGUCCACUCCACGAAGGUACCAAGGGUCUCAUAAAUGCCGAGGUACUCAAGCACUUCAAGAAGGGAGCCUGGCUCGUGAACACUGCUCGUGGAGCAAUUUGCGACAAGGAUGCCGUUGCAGAGGCUCUGCGCACCGGUCACCUCCGUGGAUACGCAGGUGAUGUCUGGAACGUGCAGCCUGCGCCGCGUGAUCACGUCUGGCGCACGAUGAAGAACCCGCUCGGUGGUGGAAACGGUAUGGUCCCGCACUAUUCGGGCACAACGCUCGACGCGCAGGCCCGCUACGCCAAGGGCACGCGUGAGAUCCUCGAGAACUACUUCUCGGGCAGGCCCCAAAAACCGGCCGAUGUAAUUGUCGGUCUCGGCAAGUACGAGACGAAGGCGUAUGGCCAGCGAUGA